GCUUGUUUACCAAAGAUUUUUGCACAACCUCCGGUGUAUUUGUGUUCCAGUAUUGUAGCUUUUUUGUCUUAAAUUUGCAAAUGUUGUAGUCCCGGCUGCCAAAGUAAUAGCACCAAUCAAUACUAUAUUUUAAGUAUUUUUGUGUGAAAAAAUGUCCAGUUGGAAUAAUAUAUGUCGUGUUUGUACCAGUCCUGCCGAAUAUGAGUUUUUCGGUAAAAUACCAGCAUAUCUACAUGCCAGCUCAAAUGAUUUUUUGCAUUGGCAAAAACCAAUUAAUGUACUGCUUGAGGAAACAACGGGACUUAAGUGUGCCGAAAAUGAUGGUUUACCCAAUAAGAUAUGUGCACUUUGCAUUUCUUACUUAAAACAUGCAGUAUUUUUUCGUGAACAAUGUAUUACUAAUAGUUUGAGCUUGAAAGCUAUAGAUUUAUUACGCCAAAAACGGCAAAAAUGCAAGCAAAAUGUGGAUAAAGACAAUCUGCUGAUUACAGCACAAGAGCUGAAUUAUACAAAUGAGCAUCAAAUAGAUACCAAUCUACUAAAUAAUACUUGUUCACAAGAUCAAGACAAAGUAUUUAAACAGCUUCUAAAUAAUACUGUACAAACGAAGGCGCCCAGCCCACAAAAUAUCGAACAACAAUUGCGUUACCUAAAUUUAUUAUUUAACAAGGACCCAAAUGCCGGUCUGCAUAUUUAUAAACGCAAAAAUGACGGAAAUAAAUUAGAAAAUGCCGAGGGUGGUGGCGAGUAUCCAUUUGUUGAAGAAGAUUCCGAUACGGAAACUUCUAGUGUGGAAAACGAGGCAGCCGCUAUUCAACAGAACAUAUUUUCAUACAGCGAAACGAAUUUCCAAGAGGACGAUAUUAUAAAUUUAGAUGAGCUUGGCGAUGCUAUUACUAUCAACAUACCAGAAAGCUGUAAGGAACGCAAAUGUCGUGCAUGUUUCCGACGUUUUAUGUUUGAAGAUUCGCAUAAUGAACACAUUAGCACAUGUAUCGAAUACAAAUUUCUUACAUAUAUCGAGGAAUUGAAUAAGCUACUGUACAUGCGACGAAAUAAGGUAGUGUCGCCGCAUGAAUUCGUGCGUCGCAUGAUUUUCGCUUUACGCAAGAUAUGCGAAUGGUUAAAACAAGCUAACUGUGCUGACAUUUUAUUGCCAGACUUGGCUACAAACGGAAAUGGAGCCGAGGAAAAAAGUAAAAAGCCAUUGGAGAGAGAAUAUAAAAACUGUGCGGUUGCUGCAUGCGAACAAAAAAGUUCAAAUGUUAAACUUUCUGCCAACGAGCAAUUGCUUAAAUUCUUUGAAUUGCCAAAACAGCAAGAAGAAACAACGAUGACUGAUUUACCAAAAACAUCACUUUCGAACACACUCGAAAAAACUACUAAACAAACUGAGUUUGUUAACGAAAAUGGCGUAGGUAAUACACAGAAGCCAUUACUUAGAGCAACUCCGACGCCUAUAACACCAAGCAAUAAUAUUUUGUAUAAAAUAGAACGUUCUCAAAGCAGAGGAUCAAGCGCACUAGUCAAUAUUGAUCACGAAACGAAAUCUAUAAUUAGGCCUAUCGCAGUUAUGACUGCCGAGAAAAACAUAACAACGCCCACAACAGCUGCAGAUAAUAGAACGUUUAACAGUGGUGCUAGCAACGCUGGAGGCGUUGACAUACCAAGGGAUACCGCGGAAAGAUUAACAUUCCUGCAAAAGUUACGUCGUGCAGCCAAUCAAACACCAACUUCUUCAAAUUCCAAACCCACUCCAGCUACACCAUUGAUUAAUGUGCGCAAAGAUUUGACAAGUACAGCUUUAGGUGCAGGCAACGAACAACAGACAGCUUCACCUGCUACUGCUACAGCUACGCCAAAAACCAUUCCUAUUAGUGCAUUACACAUGAAUCUCAGUUUUAGUGCUCGUUGCAAUCCAUGCAAUAUACUUUUUGAAACAUUAGCUGCACUUGAGGUACACAAUGCAAUGUAUCACAAUCAUAUGCCAUUAAAGCUAAUAAGAAGUACAACGAACACUCAACCCGAAGAUCCAGAAAGAGAGGCAGAACGUAAGCGUAUUAUCGCACUAUUCGAAAAUGAUGAUAGCGACGAAGAGUUGGAAACUGGCGGAGCUUAAUGUCAUACAAUUUAUCAUAUAUAUUUAUUUAUAUUUUUAAAAACUUGACAACUUAUUCUUAAGUCAUAAUUAUGGAAACAUGCUAACUGUUUAGGUCACCAAAUUAUUGUUCUUUAACAUUAACAAAUAUCGCUUGCGAUAUGCUUUAUUUGUAUGCGUAGCAUAUUUUUUUAAAUUAUUUAUGAUAAUUUCAUAUAAACCAAUACUUUUUGUUCAUUUAUAAGAGUACAUCAACAGUGAAGGUAUCUUCAUUUGUAUAACUUUGUGAUUUAAAGUCUGAGGGAGUUUUCAUCCAGAAUUACUUUUUAUUAUGACGAACAACAAUUUUUUCCAUUUUUUUAUUUGUGAUUAUGUUGUAAACUGUUUGUAUAUGUUGUCACUUUGAAUCAAUAAAAUUAUUGUAAUAAAAUUGUAUUGUACCAUAAUAUUCGCCACAUAAUUUUUUAAAUAUAUUGACUCCAAAACCUUGUCUGGGGUCUGCAAAGGCAAA